GAUUCCAGUUCUGUUGUGGAGUGGACUCAGACUCCUAAAGACAAAUGUUCCCGAGGAGCAGACCGCCCCAGCAGCUACGAGGCAGAGUGGGACAUGGUCACCACAGUCUCUUUUAAAAGGAAACCCCAUUCAAAUGGAGAUACUGCAACUCAUGCAAAUGGAGAAAGCAAGUGGUCAUUCCUGUUCAGUUUGACAGAUCUGAAGUCAAUCAAACAGAACAAAGAAGGCAUGGGAUGGUCUUACCUGGUGUUCUGUCUGAAAGAUGAUGUGAAGCUUCCAGCUCUUCACUUCCAUCGUGGAGAUAGCAAACUAUUGAUUAAAUGCCUUGAAAAGCAUAUUGUGCUGAAUGAAUCUUCCCAGGACAAACGGAUUCUGCUUGUGAACUCUCAGAACAAGUCUCUGUCCCAGUCCUUUGAAAACCUCUUUGAUGAACCAUCAUAUGGCUUACUACAAAAGCUGAAGAAGGAUCCCUACACAGUAACAAUGGGGAAGUUUUCCAAAGUCACCAACUACAUUUUUGACAGCUUCCGCUCCAGCGAGCUCUCCCAGCAGCGGCGCCCGCCGUCGGAGAUGGCAGACUUCCUCAACGAUGCCAUCCCGGGCCUCAAGAUCAAUCAGCAGGAAGAGCCAGGGUUUGAAGUCAUCACACGGAUUGAUCUGGGCAGCCAGCCUGAAGUGAGCAGGAGAGAGCCUGUGUCAGCUGAAGAAUGGGCUAAGAAUAUGGACUCUGAAGGAAGGAUUCUGGAUGUUGACUACAUAAAGCACUUGAUAUUCAAAGGGGGUCUCUGUCAUACUUUGAGAAAAGAGGCAUGGAAGUUUCUUUUGGGCUAUUUUCCUUGGAACAGCACUAAAGAAGAGAGAGCAAACCUGCAGAAGAGGAAAACGGAUGAGUACUUCAGGAUGAAGCUGCAGUGGAAGUCUGUCAGUGAGGAACAGGAGAAGCGGAAUUCAAGGUUAAGAGACUAUCGGAGCCUUAUAGAGAAGGAUGUGAACCGGACAGACCGGACAAACAAGUUCUACGAAGGCGAAGAUAACCCAGGCUUGAUUUUGCUGCAUGAUAUUUUGAUGACCUACUGCAUGUAUGACUUUGACUUAGGUUACGUCCAGGGGAUGAGCGACUUGCUUUCACCUGUCCUGUAUGUCAUGGAGAAUGAAGUAGAUGCCUUUUGGUGCUUUGUGUCAUACAUGGAUCAAAUGCACCAGAAUUUUGAAGAGCAGAUGCAGGGCAUGAAGACACAGCUCAUCCAGCUGAGCACUUUGCUCCGGCUGCUCGACAGUGGCUUUUGCAGCUAUUUAGAAUCUCAAGACUCAGGCUACCUUUAUUUUUGCUUCCGAUGGCUUCUUAUCAGAUUCAAAAGGGAGUUCAGCUUUCAGGACAUUCUUCGCCUCUGGGAGGUCAUGUGGACAGAAUUGCCUUGCCAGAAUUUCCAUCUCCUCCUUUGUUGUGCCAUCCUGGAAUCUGAAAAGCAGCAAAUAAUGGACAAGCACUAUGGCUUUAAUGAAAUAUUAAAGCAUAUCAAUGAACUGUCUAUGAAAAUCGACGUGGAAUAUAUACUCUGCAAAGCAGAAGCAAUUUCUAUGCAGAUGAUGAACUGCAAGGAAUUGCCUCAAGCAGUUGGGGAGAUCCUGGGGAUAGAAAGCAGUUCUGUAACACCGGAUUCGGAUCCUGGGGAGGACGGAAGCGGCGCUGUGCUGAGCUGUCCUCCGUCGCUAUACCCGAGCAUCUCCACGCCUGUAACCGCUGCCAACGGAACACGAGACCCCACUCAACAGACAUCUGAGACACAGAGCUUGACACCUGCAUAGUGACAGUGGGCUGAGCUGGAGAGAGG